UCAGACCUCUUUCAUGGCAUCGAACCCAACUCGAAGUCAAGGUUCAUUUUGUACCUUCAAAGGCGAUCAGUUCAAAUACCCAAUUGAGAAUGUCGCUGUCCUCGGCCAUUAGCUCUCUACGCACCCAUAUUCGCAGCCAACGCAACAGCUCCUUGCAGGCCAACACAGAAAAGUUACAAUGGUGCCUCGCGGAGGUGUUUAUGAGGACAUGGGAUCUAGGGUUUACAGCUUUCGGCGGACCGCCCGUGCACUUUCAGAUCCUACAUCGCAGAUUUGUGCAAGGUGUUGGCUUCGGCGGUGGAAGCAAAUGGAUUGACGAACAAACCUAUCAAGAGCUAUUUGGGAUUUGCCAAGCCCUCCCAGGUCCGGGUUCGACAAAGAUGAUUUUUUGUAUAGCAAUGAUUCGCGCAGGUAUUGUUGGAGCCAUCUUCACGUUCCUCGUCUGGAGCUUGCCCGGCGCGAUCGGAAUGUACGGUCUGUCACUGGGCGUUCAGCGAAUGCCUGACCAGCUGCCGCCCGUUGUAUAUGCCUUGCUGAGUGGACUGAACGCCAGCACUGUAGGUAUCGUUGCUUUGGCUGCCGUGCAAUUGGCUGAGAAAGCCAUCCAAGACCCUCUUACUAGGAUCUUGGUCGUUUUAGGCGCUUGCGCGGGCUUGUGCUAUAACGCACUCUGGUACUUUCCAGUACUUAUUCUAAUUGGGGGAAUUGCCACUGCUAUUUGGGAUGUCUGGUUGCACCGGGUAGUUGGCAAAAUGCGAGCAAAACGGGAAGCGAAGCGACAGCGUAGAAAUGCGCCGGAUGCUGAAAGACUAGAUGUAGCUCCAAGUGUUCCCUUGGAGGAGAAUACGCAAGCACACACAGCAAAUCUUGCUCGACGAAAGCAGCAGGUUGAGAGCUCACAAGGGCAGACUACCACUGAACCAGACUCCACGGCAAAUUCCAGCGGGCGUGAAGGGCCAGACACUGUCGAGUCUGCCCCUGUCACGGAUACAAAAACGCACAACAUCUCUGUCAAAGUGGGCUUGACGCUAAUUGUAGGAUUUCUAGUAUCGUUUGUACUAUUCAUGGUCCUUAGAGGUGUUCUUGACAGAAGACCCCGCGCUUUUGAUCUCUUCUCCAACAUGUACCUCGCCGGCACCAUCAUAUUUGGCGGUGGACCAGUUGUGAUUCCUCUUCUCCGCUCGUACGUGGUUGAACCAGGAUGGGUGUCGCCGCGAGACUUCCUUCUUGGCCUUGCCAUCAUUCAAGCUUUUCCCGGCCCGAACUUCAAUUUUGCUGUCUUUUUGGGAGCGCUGGCCCUUGCGAAUACUGGCACUCCUACAGUUGUCGGCGCGUUACUUGGAUAUCUAGGUAUAUUCUUCCCAGGCAUCAUUCUCGCGGUCGGUGUGCAGUCGAUAUGGCAGGCCAUGAGGGCAAAGGCAUGGGUCGUGAGCCUGCUCAGAGGCAUCAACGCUACGGCUGUUGGACUCGUUUUCACGGCAGUGUACCGCCUCUGGGAGAUCGGAUACCUGACACCGGAGAGCAACAACGGAAAGAGCCUUGGGCAAGAACCGUGGUGGGUUGCUGUCGCUGCACUCACCUACGCGGAGACCGCUUGGUUCAAGAUCCCACCAGCGAUGGCGAUUGUCUUUGGUGCCGUUCUGGGCCUUGCGUGGUAUGGUGCUGUUGGUCAGUAGUAAGGUACCAAGAUGUGUUCGCCGUUUUGCUGGGUAGAUUUCGUUAUCGAUUGCCUUGAGUUGAUGGGGACCAAAUCAAUGCGGAUGAAUGACUCUGAUUCGCGCUAGCACCUCCUUAUGAUGGUAAGCAUUCCUUCUGGUCUGGGUUACAAUAUAGGUACUCGAAAUGCUUAGACAUAAGUACAUGGUGACUAAGUUCCGAUGACCAGUAUUUACUCUCUACAUGAUAAAGAAGAAGCA